AUGUCGAAGACCGGCUUGUAUCGUCCUUUGCACUGGAUCGGUAUGGGCCUCGCUAGCAUUGGUGCUGGACUCCUCUCAACUCUGACAAUGAACUCAAAUAAAGCUUCAUGGAUCUGUUUUCAGAUGAUCAUGGCAAGCGGCGCUGGUAUGAUUGCUGCAUCAACAUUACCUCCUAUACUCGCCGCAUUACCAGAAUCAGACGUUGCGACUGCCAGUGGAAUGUACUCUUUCUUGCGAUCAUUCAGAUACAUAUGGGGCGUAACAGUUCCUUCGAUCGUAUUCAACGGCCAAUUUCAAAAAUACGCACAUCAGAUUGGCGACACAAAAAUCCAAGCGCAGCUAGCGAAUGGUGCGGCAUAUGCGUACGCGAGCGGAGGUUACAUUGCGACAUUGCCUCCAGGAGUAAAAGAGAGGGUGAUCGGGGUAUAUAUUGAUGCGUUAAAGACAGUGUGGCAGGUUAGCAUUGCUUUCGCGUGUAUCGGAUUUUUGGGUGUUUUUGCAGAAAAGCACCUGGAAUUGAGGAAGGAGCUUGAUACUGAGUAUGGUAUAGAUGAAGGGCCGAAGAAUAACAAGAUCGGGGUUUCAGAGGAGGACAGAGUUGAUACAGUGCCACCGGUAGCCUUGAAAUUGGCGCAGUCAGAGAUUUAG